UUACAAGCAAAAACUCCCACGGCUUAAAAGCCACGGGACGUAUGCGCACGCACGCAGAGCGCAUCUCCUAUUCGCUAAGGGCACUACGAGUGUCAGUGCAGUCAGUGAUUCGCAAUACUUACAACAAUAAACACCAAUAUGUGGAAGAAAAUAUUUGUUUUAUUACCUAUUAUUUGCUGUAUUAAUGCAGUACCACAAAAUAAAGAAUAUAACAGUAAUGAAAAGGUUGAAAAGGACGAUCUGAAGACAGCUGCUAGUUCAUAUAGUCAUCAAUAUUCCGACUGGGGCGGCAGCUCUCCCGGCGGGUAUGGAUACAGCGUCACCGGGUUUGGAUUGAUCAACGAUAAAUAUGAUGCAAAUUACGGCGGCAUUUCCGGACAUAAUACCUAUCCCACAGCUGGGUAUCCCGGAUACAGUGGUGGCGCAGGUUUAGUUGGAUCCGCACGCCCGCUCAGCGGUGCCGGGUAUGUAGGGAACACGGGAUUUUCCGGGAACUCGGGAUAUGCCGGGAACUCGGGAUUCAGUGGCUACAAAGGUUACGGAGGAUACAAUCCAAAUUUGUACGGAAGUAACGGAGGCUACGGAACUAACUUAGGUUAUGGAAGUAACGGAGGUUUUGGAGGAAAUGGAGGUUACGGAGGCUACGGUGGCAACGGAGGUUUAGGCUCCUACAGCGGAUAUAACAAUCCAUACUACCAAGGAUCCAAUCAUUUGGGCUACGGCUACUAUCAACCCGGUAACAUAUACAAAGGCGGCAGCAUCACUCCGAGCUACGUCAAUGGUUAUAGAGGAUAUACAAGGAGAUAGAUGGGAGUAAAUUAAGAAAAAUAUAUAUAUUUAGGAAUUAUAUCAUACAAUUAAGUACCAAAGUAUUUUCCAAAGUAAAAUUUAAGUAA